AUGUCACAAUAUCACUACAACAUUUCAAAGGAUGUUAAAUCAACCAACAUUCAAAUCACAGGAAGUUCAAAUGCGACACCAGCAGAUACCAGCUCAAGAUAUUAUUCUGAAUUCAACCAUUCCACCAACUUGAGACAAUCCGCUGAUAAAUACACCCAAAAGAAUGAAUAUGAAGAGCCAAAACUUGAUACUUCAAAGCCAGCUAUGGUUCCAGUUGGUACCAGUUUGAAUGAUUUGGGUAACUACUAUCUCGGAAACAAUUCAUUCCUCCAAGCUUGUUACCUCGCCUACUCUCAACACCACAACCUCGUCAUCAGACCAGACGAUAUUUGGAUUGCCAUUAUGACCCAAUUUUCAUUCUACCUCAAUGCCAAUGCAGAGCAACUCAGAUCCAAGAUUGUCAGCCACGAUGAUAAGAAGGAGCUUGAAGUUGUUGCCAACGCUACUCUCUUCUCCGCUCCAUACGAUGAAAUGACUUUAACAAUGACCGAACUCAUUGCCAAGAAUAUCAACGAUCCAACUCUUAAGGAUUGGGCAAUGCCAUCAUUCACAACCACCACCUACACCGAUAGAAUCGUUGGAGCUGUCUGCUUAAUGGCAACAAUGAAAAAGUAUUUCAAUUUCAAAUACUCCUUGCGUUGUGACAAAGUACAACGUUUGAACGAAUUUGACCUGCCAGAGAAAUUGAUGAGCAAAUGGACAACUAUGCUCAACCCAAUCAUCGAUCAAUUCAUUGCCUCCGUAGAAGGAAAGGCUGAUACCGAGUGGUGGAAUCGUAUUGCCAAUCAUGUUGGUGGUGGAUCCGGUCCAACCUGGUUGAGCGGUUGGAUCACUGUUUUCUCAUGUUUCGCUGAAGAUGGUCAAUGGCGUGGUGACGAUAAGGAGAAACAAGGAUUCAGAACCAAGGGUGAAUUGGUUUCAGAAUGGCCACUCAUUGACACUGAAGAAAUUGCCCACGGAUAUGUAGUAUUGGACGUUAAGAUUGAUGACAAUGGUACCAUGUACGAUGCUCAGCUCUUUGGUGGACACUACACUGUUAAGCUUGCCGAUCAAAAGUCAACCAUCGUCCCACAACUCAACUGGUGUAUGAUGGUAAAAGAAUCUGAUCUCCCAGCUUUAAAGAAAAACUAA